AUGAAGCUCGAAGAAGUGAAGGACAUUCAGAAAAUUGAAAGGAUUGGUGCACACUCGCACAUCAGGGGUCUAGGGUUAAAUGAUUGUCUUGAUGCUCGCUACUGCUCAGAAGGUAUGAUAGGACAAAUGAGUGCACGUAAAGCUGCGGGUAUUGUUUUACGAAUGAUUAAGGAAGGAAGAAUUAGUGGCAGGGCAAUUCUUUUAGCUGGUCAACCAGGUACAGGUAAAACGGCUAUUGCUAUGGGUAUUGCAAAGGCACUAGGAGAAGAUACGCCAUUCACGCACAUUUCAGGAUCAGAAGUUUAUUCUCUAGAAAUGAGCAAAACAGAAGCACUAACGCAAGCCUUUAGAAGGUCUAUUGGUGUAAGCGUUAAAGAAGAAUCUGAAGUUAUCGAAGGAGAAGUUGUUGAAAUUGAAAUAGAAAAAUUUAAUGAAAAAGAUAUUAGUAAUACCAACAAAAAAGUAGGGAAAAUGAUUCUUAAAACAACAGAAAUGGAAACAUUAUACGAUUUGGGUAAUAAAAUGAUUGAAGCUUUACAGAAAGAAAAUAUCACGGCAGGGGACGUAAUUUGUAUUGAUAAAAGUACAGGGAAAAUUACAAAAAUUGGAAAAUCAUUUGCGCGAUCUAAAGAUUACGAUGCUAUGGACCCUAAUACAAAUUUUGUCCAAUGCCCAGAAGGAGAAUUACAAAAAAGAAAGGAAGUAGUUCACACAGUGACUCUGCAUGACAUUGAUGCUAUAAAUAGUAGAACACAAGGUUUUUUAGCAUUAUUUUCAGGAGAUACUGGAGAAAUUAAAAAUGAAGUUAGAGAACAUAUAGAUAUGAAAAUAAAUGAAUGGCAAGAAGAUGAAAAGGCAGAAAUUGUGCCGGGUGUUCUAUUUAUUGAUGAGGUACAUAUGUUAGACAUUGAAUGCUUUUCUUAUUUAAAUAGGGCCUUAGAAAGUGAACAAUCACCCAUUGUUAUUAUGGCAACCAAUAGAGGUAUUACACACAUACGAGGAACUGACUAUAAGGCACCUCAUGGAAUUCCUUUGGAUCUGUUAGAUAGGACUCUUAUUAUACCUACCUACCCUUAUAAACAUCAAGAUAUAAUGAAAAUUUUAGAACAAAGAGCAGAAGAGGAAGAUGUUGAAAUUGACGAGUAUGCUAAGGAGUUAUUAUGCAAAAUUGCAUCCGAAUCAUCCCUCAGAUAUGCUUUGCAUCUGAUUACUUUAGCAAAUUUAGUUUCCAAAAAAAGAAAAGCCACUGAAGUUACUGUUCAAGAUGUUAGAAGAGUAUACAACUUAUUUAUUGAUGUUAAAAGGAGCACGCAGUACUUAAUUGAAUACCAAAAUGAAUUUAUGUUUUCAGAAUUACCAAAAGAUGAUGAAGGUACAAAUGCGGAAGAGUCCUAUGAUGAAAAGAGAGAAAUUCAAGAAAAAAAGUUAGCAAACGAAGUUGCAGAUUGUUAA